AAUGCCGGAGGGAGAACGGUAUUGUUGUGAUCUCUGUGUCUGGUCUCCUAGUUUUUUGGCGUCUGUCGACUCCGCCGCAUAAGCCGGGAAAAUCGAUAUCGAUCAGACACAAGGUGCGAAAAAAGUCAGAAAGGAAGCCGAAGGAAAAGAUGAGAUCGUAUUCUUCACUCAGAGCAGUCGCCACAAUAAUUCACAGAUUCACCAAUGGGGUUCCCGCAAGCUCCUUCAUUACUAGGAGCAGAAGUUCGUUAUCAUCAGUGGUGUCGAUAUCAUCGGCUUCAUCUUUUCCUCAGCACCAAAUUCAGUUCAGUGAGUAUCAGCAGCGAAAUGUGUCCACUUUCCCUCCUGUCUGCAUGGGCAGGCGCUCCAGCAAAAUUGCUGGCAGAAAGGGUGCUCAAGAUGCAAAGAAGGCAAAACUGUAUUCAAGGAUUGGAAAGGAAGUUGUAUCUGCUGUAAAAAAAGGUGGUCCAAAUCCGAUGUCAAAUAUGGUUCUUGCUGCUGUACUUGAAAAGGCCAAGGAGCUUGAUGUUCCCAAGGAAAUUUUGGAGCGUAACAUCAAGAGAGCUUCUGAGAAGGGACAAGAGGCUUACUUUGAAAAAAUUUAUGAGGUGUAUGGUUUUGGUGGAGUUAGCAUGGUAAUUGAGGUCUUAACAGAUAAAAUAACCCGGUCGGUGGCGACUGUUAGGGAGGUUGUAAAGGACCAUGGAGCAAAAAUGGCAGAUCCUGGAUCUGUCUUGUUCAAGUUCAGGCGUGCUCGGGUUGUUAAUAUAAAAGUCAUAGAUGCAGACAAGGACCAGCUCCUUGCCAUUGCUUUAGAUGCUGGUGCCGAGGAUGUUAUUGAACCUCCAAUAAGUGAGGACGACAGUGAUGAGGACAGAUCAGAGAGCUAUUAUAAAAUUGUAAGUUCAACAGAGAAUUAUGCAACAAUACUUGCAAAAUUACGGGAAGAAGGAAUAAAUUUUGAGACUGACAAUGGUUCUGAGCUACUUCCGAUAACCACUAUUGAGGUUGAUGAUGAGGCUAUGGACUUGAAUAGGGAACUUAUGUCUAAAUUACUUGAACUUGAUGAUGUUGAUGCUGUUUAUACCGACCAGAAAUGAGUUACAUUUGUCCUGAGAACCUUAGCAGUUGGAUUGAGGUUUACUACUGUGGAAUAGUUCUUAUUAGUUAGUGCAAAAUUAGAAUCUAAUUAAGCUUCCUAUUGUAACAAAACUGGGAGAUAACAAAUUGUUACUCAGUUGAGCUGCCUCUGGGACUGGGACCUCUUUGUAUGUCCUCCAAUGUUCUGCUUCUUGGUUCUUUACUCUGUUUGAUUAGAGUGGCAUAGAAAUAUGGGUGAAGUUUGAAUGCUCGAGACCAGAUUUAUUUAACUAGGUUUUUCUUAUAUAAAGGCUUUUCUCAGUUGUUGUUGUUAAACAAACUCUAAGGCAAGGCGGUGGCUGUAACCACACAUUUAUUUUGGAAAUAAGAUCGUAAAGAUUUU